CGUCAAGCAGCCAAUCAGAUUCAGUGUGUGGGUCACGUCAGUUAUCCGAAUCUCGUCAUCAUCAAUUUCUUCGGAAGAGAAUCUCGCACAGACGACCUUUCGACGUUAAGGACAUUGUUGGAAUGGAAUAUUGCCGGGACCUCAUUAAUAAAGCGCUGAAAAACAAGAAGUAGCCAUGGCCUCAGUGAUAUUACAGGGACUCGAGAUACAUUUUUACUUGCCAGAGACACACCAGAUCAUUCAUCUCUCAGGAAGUUUCACAGCUGAGGAGCUGUGUGUUGAAGCGGCCAAGAAGUUGGGUAUUUCUCCACUGUGUAGCAGUUUGUUCGCCCUUUAUGAUGAAUUUAGCAAGAUCUGGUAUCCACCCAAUCAUUCAUUCACUAUUGAUGAGACUACAAGAUUGAAGCUUUACUAUCGCAUGAGAUUCUAUUUUACAAACUGGCAUGGGACAUCUCCUCUCAAGACAUGUCCUCCGGUGUCCAGACACUGUCUCAAGCGAGGAACAGCUACAGGAACAGCUGUUCUGGAUGUAGUUUCACUUACAUACCUCUACGCACAGAGUCAGUGUGACUUUCAGAAUGAUCUGGCACCGCUGCGCAUCGGUCGUGAUGAGAAUGAGGUCCAGCAGAUAGAAAAUGAGUGUUUGGGGAUGGCGGUGAUGGCCAUCUCCCAUGAUGCCAUUGAAAAAAACCUUCCUGUCUGUGAUUUUGAGUACAAGAAUUACAUCCCCAAGGUCCUGUACAAGUCCAUACGUCACAGGAACAUUCUCACACGUAUGCGCAUCGCCAACGUCUUUAAAGUGUUCCUUGAGGAAUUCACCAGGAACACUGUGCAAGGCAACAAGAUCAAAACCCAUGACCUGAAGGUCAAAUAUAUGUCUACUUUAGAGACUCUAACCAAAAACUUUGGCGAGGAGGUGUUUGAACCCUCUUCUCUCAUCAUACAUGAGAAUGAGCAGAUGAUCACAGACUCCAGCAGUGCUGCUGGUGUUCAUUACAAGAUCCUGGUGUCUGGCAUCUCCGGCAUUCAUUGGUGUAAAGUUCCCAUUGAGGCCAGUUCUGAUCUGUGGACCAAUCAGCAGAGACGUAAAUCAAAGAGAGACAGUAAGAAACUGAGUAAAGUAGUAUCACAUGAUGAAGAAGAGGAAAGAUGGACACUCUUUUCAGACUUUAAUGAGAUAACGCAUCUUGUCAUCAAAUACUCUGUGGUUACCAUCCACAAACAGGACAAUAAAAACAUGGAGCUGAAGCUGGCAUCCCAUGAUGAGGCGCUGUCUUUUGCCAGUCUGGUAGAUGGGUACUUUAGGCUCACCGUAGAUGCGCAUCACUUCCUCUGCAGGGAUGUGGCUCCCAUCUCACUAGAAAAGAACCUACGAGAAGGCUGCCAUGGUCCAAUUAAUACUGAAUAUGCCAUCCAUAAACUCAAGCAGGAAGGUUAUGAGGAGGGCAUGUAUUUGCUGCGCUGGAGCACUCACGACUUCGAUCAUGUUCUCCUGACUGUCAUAUGUAACGAGAGGGAUUGUCAUGGUAGCAUCACCAAAACCUUCAAGAACUUCCAGAUUGAGGCAAGCGCACAGGGCUUCCUCCUGACUGGGACAGAUAUUGUGAAGCCCACUCUGAGAGAGCUGACGGACCACCUGUCUGGCCAGAGUCUCACAACAGAGCAAACCAGCUUAAGACUUGAGCGUGGCUGUCCACCCCAACCCAAAGAGCAAUCCAACCUUGUCAUGGUGACCAGGAAAGAUUCAGCAUUGCCACAAUCCUCCCUAAAUAAUGCAGUCAUCCAUAAGAUCCUCAGAAAUGACAUUACCCAGGAGAAACACUUGGGCCAAGGCACCUGCACAAACAUAUAUUCUGGGAAGCUGAAUUUGAGAAAUGAGGAUGAUGACGGUUUGGAAGGCCAUGAGGUGGUGGAUGUGGUUCUGAAGAUGCUGGCAGCAGGACACAUUUCUGCCUUCCUGGACACAGUCAGUGUAAUGCAGCAGAUUUCACAUAAAAACAUGGUUCUGAUGUAUGGCGUAUGCAUGCACAGCAUGGACAUCAUUAUGGUGGAGGAGUUUGUUCAGCACGGCCCUCUGGAUCUGUUCAUGAGAAAUCAUCGCUCUCACCUCACGCCCUCCUGGAAGUUCCAAGUGGCAGAGCAACUCUCCAGUGUCCUCAGUUAUUUGGAGGAUAAGAAGCUUGUCCAUGGCUAUGUCUGUGCUAAAAAUGUCCUGUUGAAGUUGGAUGGUCUGGAAGGACAAUGUGGUCCUUUCAUUAAACUGAGUGAUCCUGGACUGUCCAUCACUGUCCUCAGCCAAACAGAGUGUAUUGACAGGAUCCCCUGGAUCGCCCCAGAGUGUGUUAAAAACCCCAAAGCGUUGAGCAUUGCAGCAGACAAAUGGGGGUUUGGGACCACGCUAUGGGAGAUCUGCUACAAUGGCGAGGUGCCUCUGCGUGAAAAGAAACUCUCAGAGAAAGAGCGAUUCUAUGAGGUGUGCGGUACUCUGGUCACACCCAGCAUCAGUGAACUGGCUGAUCUGAUCACACAGUGCAUGAACUAUGACCCCAAGAAGAGACCGUUCUUCAGAGCCAUAGUGAGAGAACUGGGACGAAUCAAAGAGCAGCACGAGAAAGCGCUUCACCUUAUGGAGGCAAUUCCUCCGCAGGAGACUGAUCCUACAGAUUUCAAGAGAAGAUUUCUCAAGAAAAUCCGAAAACUUGGAGAGGGUAACUUUGGGAUGGUGGAACUGUGUCUGUAUGAUCCCAAGGGAGAUCAGACAGGUGAGCUGGUGGCUGUCAAAUCUCUGAAAACGGAAAAUGAGAGCAGCAACCUGAGGAGAGAGAUCAGCACCAUCAGAAACCUGUAUCAUGAAAACAUCGUCAAAUACAAAGGCAUCUGCAAUGACGAAGGAGGAGCGAACAUCAAACUCAUCAUGGAGUACUUGCCCUCUGGAAGUCUGAAAGAAUACCUGCCCCGUAACAAAUCCAAGACGGAUCAGAAGAGACUGCUGCAUUAUGCUCUUCAGAUAUGUCAGGGUAUGGAGUACCUGGGAUCUCAAAACUACAUCCACAGGGAUCUGGCAGCGAGAAACAUCUUGGUGGAGAACGAAGCACUUGUAAAGAUCGGGGACUUUGGGCUGACUAAGAGCAUCAAAGAUGAUAAGGAAUAUUACAAAGUGACCGAAGAACAGGACAGUCCUGUGUACUGGUAUGCUCCUGAAUGUCUGAUUAAUCGGAAGUUCUACAAGGCAUCUGAUGUUUGGUCAUUUGGGGUCACUCUCUAUGAAAUCAUGACCUACUGUGACCGCGACAACAGCCCUCCACAGGUAUUCCUCAAGACGAUUGGCCGGUCUCAUGGGCAGAUGACCAUGGCCAGGCUGGUAGAAGCUCUUGAGAAAGGCUGGAGGAUGCCAUGUCCAGAUUCGUGCCCUGAAAUGGUGUACACUCAGAUGCACAGGUGCUGGAGUCACGCCCCAGAAAACAGAGUGGACUUCAAGGGCCUGAUCAAAGAGUUUGAGUUUCUCCUCACUAGAGAAAACAUCUAGCUUCCAUUCAUCACCUACAGAAUUCAGAUUCAUUUAGUAUUUGUAUGUAACUUUCUCAUUAUACUUCAAAUAGGAUGCAUGUUACUUUCUCUUUAAAUCUUUGCUAGUUAAUCAUCUACCUCCAAAAACACUCUGUUAAUACAGUGUAUUCUUACUUGGUUAACACACCACUCGCACUUAAGAAGUAUCAAGUACUAAAAAUGUAUCACUUAUAAAAUCUGAAGCAGCAUCAAAUCUAAGGCCAGAUUUACUAAUACCUUACACCAGUGCAAACCCUCUUUAGGCAUUACAAAAAACUACUGUAAAGAUCUACAAAAGACACGCAGUGAAAAAUUUCCCUUUUCAAACGCAAAAUUUCAGAGAUGAUUUCAAUUAAUCAUGCAAUGUCAUUUACUAAAGUUUGACUGUAUUUGUACUAUUAUUUAAUGCCCAUAAAGCAUGUUUUAUCCACUGAUCUAUAUAUAAUGAUCUCGAUUGCAGAUCAGCAAUGUUGGGGGUAACGCAUUACAAGUAACGCAAGUUAUAACGCAGAAAAUAUCUGAGCUACUUUUUUCAAAUAAGUAAUGCAGAUACUUUGUUUUACCAUUUUUUAUUUACAUUUUCUUCAGCCUUUUACAUAUACUAAAAUUAUAACCGUUUUAUAAUAAAAAGAAACAAGCAAGCCGAGCCCAGAUGAAAAAAAGUACUGAAAUAUUGUAAUGCAUUAUUUUUAAAAGUAACUGUCCCCAUCAAAGUAAAUCAGUGGUUUUAACCCUUUUUACACUUGACACAAUAGUUGUUAAUUUGCUCUGCUCUAGGUAGACUGCAUUGGUCAUUGUAGAAAUGAUCUGGAUGCAUCUGUGUUCUUUAAUUUGCUUAUUUUCAGUAAAUCACACACAGAACUAUACCCUUCUAUUAGUGCUUUUUUGGGAUUGUGCUCUCACGCCAAUUUACCCUGAUUAGUAUAUCUGGCCCAUUAAUGUAUAAACAUAUGAUUUAUUUUAUGAAAGAUAAAAUGCAGAGGUGCUUGCAUAUCACAGGGGGCGUAUUUGUUAUAUUUACUGGAUAAUCUAUAGUGGCUUUUCCACCAGUGGUUACAUUUAAGAAACGAUUCCAGUUUCCACUUCAGCUCGGUUUUGUGUGAAUUCUUACUAUUGCUGGUCAAGCAUGCUAUUUGAGUGAAGCAAACCGAAAUACAGUCACUACUUACAUCUCAUACCGUACUGUAUGGAAACACUGUACUUGCAUUACCAGGGCAUUGACUGAUACAUCUGUUACAAGCUCUGUUAUCAGUGCCACAGUGGAAAACCAAACCAUAUCCAUAUCCAAAACCAUAAUAGUAAAGUUAAGCAAUGAGAACCUGAUGGUGGAAAAACGGCUUAAGACGGAUAGACAGAUAGAUCGAUCUAUUAAAAUGCAAGGUGCAUAUGUAUUGUCAUGAAUGUCAUUUCAUUUUAUUAUUAUUGUUUUAAAGCCUUUCUGAUUGUUAUAUUCAGUUGAUUGUACUGUAAACUUUUUAAUUUUCAAAAAAAAUAAUAAUAAUAAUACAACAACA